AUGACAGAAACUACGUCAUUAAGUGACAUAAAGCUCAGCAGAGGUGGGCAAGUCCGACCAUUUCCAAGUCAAAGUCAAGCCCAAAUUUUAACUCCUUGGACUUCAAAUGAACUUGAUAAAAAAGUCCCCAAUAUCAUGGCACAACAAGCUGCAGUAGAUAACGAUGACGAACUAUUGCAAAAGUUAAUUAUUUAUGAUUUAUUUACACCAAUUCCACCGUUAUAUUCUUCUAUCGAUGCUAUACUCGAAAAUGAUAAAAUUCAAAAAACGAAAUGUCGUGUGUUAGUUGGUAGUUACAAUGAUCGAACAUCAUUUUCACGUUCAUAUUCAAAAACUUUCUCCGGUACGGUUGAAUUCGAUUACACGAUAGUCAUUAGUAGUCUUAAUAAAGAUUCAUGUAAUCAACUAAUUGUGCCUCGAACAGACCGAUGUGAUUAUGUUUGGCUACUUGAAGACCCGAAUGGUGAAUGUAAAGAAGAAGAUUAUAAAUUUAUCAAGGUGAACAAUAAAAGAUAUUUAGAUGGCUAUGCGUUUAAAGAAAGUUACAAUUUACAAUACUGGAAUAAUAAUAAAUGUAUUAAUAUUGAACGUCCGAUUCAACAAACAUCGAUUGCAUUUAAAAUCAUACCAUUUCCAAUUAAACAAUCAGAUACCUAUGCAGCUGUACAACUAAAAUUAAAUCUAUUCAAAACUUUAUCGUAUAAAUUAGAUGUAUGGAUUAUUGAAGAUAGAAAUGAUAUUUUAAAACAAUGGACAGAACUAACAACUGAUUUUAUCAUUGGUCUCGAUUUUAGUUUUCGUUUUAGAAAGUAUGCGCCGUAUAAAUGUUUAUACAACAAAGAGUAUCAACAACACUUUGUUCGAAUAAAACAAAUUUUGAAUUGGUUAGAAACAAGUAAUUAUCAAGAAUUAAUUAAAGUCUAUAAAACAUAUGUGAAUGUUUAUGACUAUUUGACAACAGUAGGACGGAUGAAUUCAUUUAUUCAUCAAUUGUUGACAUCCGAUUUUAGACUUAAAGAAAAAAUGUCGCUUGCUAAAGAUUAA